AUGGAAUAUGCACCAGGUGGAGAAUUACACAUGUUCUAAAAAUAAUAACCAAAUAAAUGUUUAAGUGAAGAAUUAGCAGCUUAUUACUUAAUGUAAGUUUCCGAUGCCUUAUUUUAUAUACAUAAUAAAAAAAUAAUACAUAGAGAUAUUAAAACUGAAAAUAUAUUACUUUGCAAUAAUUUAGCAAAAAUAGCUGAUUUUGGUUAUAGUAGAGUUUGUGAUGAUAAAGAAAGUAGAAAUACAUAUUGUGGUACAUUAGAUUAUAUGAGUCCUGAAAUUGUAAAAGGUGAGAAAUACAAUAAAUAGGUUGAUGUUUGGGCUUUAGGAGUUAUGGCAUAUGAAUUAAUGUAAGGAGUGACUCCUUUUUAUGAAAGAACAAGAAAAGGGACUUUAUAAAAAAUAGAAGUUGGUUAAUUUAAGUUUGUGAAAUAAAUUUCAGAGGAAGCUUAAUCUUUUAUCACCGGAUUACUUAAUGUUAGCAUGGCAAAUAGAUAAAGUAUUAAAUAAUAGUUAAAACAUCAUUGGAUGGUGAAACAUAUACAGUUAUUUGAUAAAUAAAUGAAAGAAGAAAUGAAUGCUGAAAUUAAUAAUAUUUCCUUUUUAGGAAGUGAAAGAAUAUAUGAUAAAGAUGCAUCAAAUAAAUAAGUGAGAAAUCCCUACACAUCUUUCGUUUUUUUGAAUAAAUUUUUAGGCGCUUUAGAAAACGAUCGAGAAACAUUUGAAACAGCAAAAUAAUAUUAUGAAGAAUAUUUAAUAUCUAUCGACUCUGAAAGGCAUACAGUACUAUUUGAAUUAUAAAAGUUUUAUCUAAACGACCCUGAAGAAAAAAUAAUACUUUCCGUUGAAGAAGUAGUCGCCAUGAUAUUAAAAACUGCCAAAAAAAAUGCUGAAAUAAAAGCCGAACUCUAAAAUAUAAGAGACUGUGUCAUUACAGUACCCACAAACUACUCUUUAAGAACAAGAACAGCCCUCGUUUAAGCUGCAAGAAUAGCUGGAUUAUCCCCUCUAAAUUUAAUACAUGAAAAUACAGCAGCCGCAUUGCAUUUUGGAAUUACAAAACUUGAAGAAGGAAGUUCAGAAACUGUUCUUUUUUACAAUAUGGGAGCUACUACUACGCAAGCAAGUUUGGUUGAAUAUCAAUUUAUUAAUAAUACAUCUAAAUUUGAUACUUAAAAAUCUAUUCCAGUAAUUACAGUACUCGCAGAUUAUGCUUUCAAUGGAAUCGGAGGUUAUGCAUAAGAUUUAGCUUUGGCUUAAUACUUUGCAGAUGUAAUAGAUAAAAUGCCAAAUAGAAAAGGUUUGGAAUCUUUUAGAAAAAAUAGAAGAGGGAUGGUAAAACUUUUAAAAGAAUGUAAUAAAGCUAAAGAAGUACUUUCUGCAAAUAAAGAUUUCUAAUUUUUUUCUGAAGGACUUUUGGAAGGUUCAGAUUUUACUUCUAAUAUUAAUAGAACUAUUUUUGAGAAUAUUAAUCAAUAAUUAUUUGAAAAAGUAACUAUUCCAAUAUAGAAGGUUCUUGAAAGAAGCAAUAAAACACUCUCAGAUAUUAAUAAAGUGGAAUUAAUUGGAGGAAGUAUCAGAGUACCUAAAGUUUAGUAAAUUUUAUAGGAAUAUUUGCAAGAGCUUAAGCCUGGAUUCCAUUUGAAUGGAGAUGAAGCAAUGGCUUAAGGAGCCGCUUUUCACGCAGCUAACUAUUCAUCUUCAUUUAGAGUUAAGAAAAUAUAUUUAAAUGAUGGGUAUAACUUUGAUAUAAGAAUGAAAAUUUAAGAUUUGGUAGUUGAUGAAAAUUAAUAAGAAGAUAAGGAUGGAGAGGAAAAUAAAAGUUUCUAAAAAGAAACAGUUCUAUUUUAAGCCAAAAAAAGAUUUGGAAGUCGCAAAACAUUGACUUUUAAACAUGAUAAAGAUUUAAAAAUUAGUUUAUUUACAUAAGAUUAUGAAGGAAAUACAUAAAAUUUGGUUUCUUAUAUUGUAAAUAACAUUACUUAAAUAACCUAAAAUGAAAAGUAUUAAGGAUUUGGAAAACCUAAAUUAAGUCUAAUGUUUGAAUUAGGAAGUAUCAAAAUUGUUGAUAUGAUUUAAGUUAAUGCUGCUUUGAAUAUUACUUAAAUUGUAGAAGUUGAAAAUAUUAAACCUGUUGAAACUAAAAAUAUAUUUUUAAGAAAUUAUGAUGGAGAAAACGGAAAUGAAUAAGAAAAUGAUGGCGAAGAAUUAAAAGAUGAUGGUGAAAAUUUAAACGUAAAUUUAUUUAACAAUCAAACUGAAAAGCAAUUCUAAACUAAAUACAAAUUGUAACAUUUUGAUUUAGAUGUUGAAGAAACUAUUGAUUAUUUCAUUCCUUUAAAUCAAACUUAAAUUGAAUAAUCAUAAAAGAAGCUUGAAAGAUUUGAUAAUCAUCAAGAAUAAAUUAAAAUUUAUGAAAAAGAAAAAAAUACCCUUGAAUCUUUAAUCUAUCAAAUCAGAGAAUAUAAAGACGAUGAAACAUAUCUUAAAUUUUCUGUUUAAUAAGAAGUUGAUGAUGCUGUUAAAUUAUCUGAUGAAAAUGAAGAAUGGUUAACUAGUGAAGAAUCAAAUAGCGCAAAAACUGAAGACUUUAAAAAAAGAAGUACAUAAAUUUAUAAUGUAAUAAGUCCAGUAAUAAAUAGAAUUAAUGAAUAUGAAAAAAGACCAAAAGCUAUGAAUGUUACCAAAUCAAAAAUUCUUGAUUUUGUUUAAAAAGUUGAAAGAUUAAAUGUUACUCAUAGCCAUAUCACUUCAGAAUAAAAAAUUCCUGUUUACUUAUUACUUAAUGAAACUAUUACUUGGAUUAAUGAUGUUGAAAAAAAAUAAAGCGAAGCUCCUUUGAAUGUAGAUCCUUUAUUCACUAUUCUUGAUUUAGACAGUAAAGUUAAUGAAAUUAAAAAAGAGUUCGACAAAUUAAAAUUAAUUUAAAAACCUAAAGAUGAUAAAAAAUCUGAUAAGAAAGAAGAUGCUAAUAAGAAAAAGAAAGAGAAGAAAUAAGAAGAUAAAAAAGAAGAGAAUAAUGAAGAAAAAAAAGAAUAAUAAUAGUAAAAAGAUGAAAAAGAAGCAAAAGAAGAAGAAUAAUAAUAGCAAUAGCAAUAAGAUAAUUAAAAUACAGGUUAAAGUAAUCAAAAAUAAGAAAACAUUUAAACAGAUCUUUGA